UUCUCUUUCCACUCAUAUCCAUUCUCCCGCCCAAACUCAAGCCGGGACCGUCAGCCCACCACGCCACUUGCUCGAAUCCGCCGCCGCCGCCACAUGCUGGGCUGGCUUCUACACGUUGGCCCACCUACAGCUCACUUAAGUGAGCCACCACCAAGCCACCUCUCCCCUCCGUUGGAUGAAACAUGGGCCUACGUGGCCCAAAAUCCUGCUCUGUUAGUAUCUGCUAACACUUUGAGCAGUUACAGAUUAACUUCAGCGGCAAUAGCUGCUUCCCCAGCCUCUAGUUGUAGAAAAUUGGCCCGCGAAAUCCUCACCGGAGGCAGCUCGAACAAGAAUUUCUCGAAAUAGACAGAUCCAAAUUCGUUCUUCUCGAUGAUAUCCUGAUUGAGAGCCAAUUCGACCUCUCUCAACUCAGUCCUGCUCAGAAAGUCAAGAACCACAUCAGGCGCCGCCAGAGCUUCCCCUCUGUAUUUCCAACUUCGUUUCCUCCUGGUACUGAUGAUUCUUGUGAUUCCGCCAUCAUCUCCUCCCCUCCCCUUUUCCUUUCCUUCCGUAUCGUUCUACCCCUCCCUCUCCUUCUACCUCCCUCCAAUUGAUUGCCAAAUAAAAUCGCAAAGGCCAGGGUUCCCCUGAACCUCAGUUGAAGCAAUUGCCCUCUUCUUCGGAAUUCCCCUAAUCUAGUCUCCAUCCUCAAUCACUGUCGCCAAAGCUCCGCGCAUCCGCCGAAAGGAAUGAUACUCAUCAUCCCUCUACAUGGCGUUGUCUAGAGCAGGGGAGGGCUCAUCCUAGGUUACUUCAUUCUUUGCGCUCUCUUCUACUUUCUUCAGUUGUACCUUAAGCGUCAUCGCUUGCCCAAUCCCCCCUCUUCCUCCUCGAACCCUCCAUCAUCGUCUGUUUCGUCGCCCUUUUGGUCGUCGUCGCUUGAGAGGAAAGAGCGAUCAACACUACUCCACAAUGUCUUCCUACAGGGGUCUAGAAACGAUGGAAACUGGAGAUGCUGGACCAAGCUUCUGUUGCAGUGAGUUUUAAAUUAAUUAGGGGAGAAGAUCUAGGUUUAGGGGUUUUGUUUGCAUAAAUGGGAGACAACAGUUAGGAAGGUUUGAGAUAAGAUUUGGGGUUUUCUGGCUUUGAAGUAGUUCUUCCGAGAACGAUGGCAUCGAUGGCUCUAGGUGGAUGGGAAGGGAUAGUGGGUUUCGAUUGUUGAAUUUGUGUUGGAUCUUCCAAAUUGGGAAUGAUUUUCGAGUACUGGUGAGAUCUACUACGACGGGAUUGGUAACAAAUCCAUAGAGUCAAACUCGUUAGGCUUCACGGCGAAUUGAAAGAGGUCGUCUUGGUGAUCAAAACUAGUAAUCGAAAACAGAGAUGACAGUGGACUUUCAGAGUCCUUGGCCUUAGGAAUGGCAAUGGGUCGGGUUGGGGCGGGUUUUGUCAAACCCAAACCCAAAUCCAUGGGUUUAUCCGCCAAAAAAACUCGGGGUAAAACCCGUUGGGUUUGAAAAACUCAAACCCAAUCCAACCCGCUGGGUAUCCGCGGGUUCAUGGGUACCCGUGGGUUUUUGUGGUAAAAAAAUUACAAUAACAAGUUUCUUUCAAAAUAAAAGUUUAACAUUAAU